AUGGGUUACCUUUCUCUGGCCAUAGUUGCCUUCCUAGUUGCUUUUGCCUCUCCAGUGGUUCUAGCCACCGAUACAGCGCCGAUUCCAGAAGACAAGUCCCAGAUCUCGCAAUGGUUCCAGACAAACGUUGCACCCUAUUCCCAGAGAAAAGGAACCCUAGACCCCGCCCUGGAAGCUGCUGAAACAGCACGACAAAUUAUCACCGUGAAUCAAAAAGGAGGCGCUAAUUUUAAGACAAUAAACGAAGCGAUCAAGAGUAUUCCUACUGGAAACAAGAACCGUGUGAUCAUCAAGUUGGCUCCAGGUGUAUACAAUGAAAAGGUCACGAUCGACGUAGCUCGACCAUUCGUUACAUUGCUUGGUCAACCUGGUUCAGAAACUGUUUUGACUUACCACGGGACGGCAGCUCAGUACGGAACCGUAGAGAGUGCAACUCUUAUAGUCUGGUCAGACUAUUUCUUGGCAGCUAACCUCAUCAUCAAGAAUACUGCUCCUAUGCCCAAACCAGGCACACAAGGACAAGCUCUAGCUAUGAGGAUCAACGGUGAUAAAGCAGCUUUCUACAGUUGCAGAUUCCACGGUUUUCAAGAUACUCUUUGUGACGACAAAGGCAACCAUUUCUUCAAGGACUGUUACAUCGAAGGAACCUAUGAUUUUAUCUUUGGAAGAGGAGCUUCCUUGUACUUGGUAAGCUUAAACUAUUAG